UGAGAUAUCGCAGGUCAAACAACUCUGACAUAGAUUUAAAAUACCACGCCAACAACGCUAAUGAACUCGAUAUAUAUCCAUACAGUAGAUAUAUGUUAAGCGUUCUUUAACUUAUUUUUUUCUAAAAAGGCAAUGAAAUUUAAUUACGGCAUUUUAUUAAAAACUUGCUUAUAUACCUGGCCUAAUAAUAUGUAGUGAAAUUUUAGUCAUCCGCCAAUGUGGUACACUGUGCAAUAUAUCAUUCUAUACAUACUGAACAUGCAUAUCCAAUUAAUUCUCACCUGGUAAAACAGACACAAGAGGGAGUAUUAAAAGAGGAAAAUUGUUUUCUCAAAAAGAUAACGAUUACAGCAGUUGACCUUCAUUUAUAUUAUGAAUACAUUUAAAAACAAUGUAUCAGUAAGAAUUUGUUAUUUGCAUUUUAGAAUCACAAAAUGAUCAAUAAAUAAAAUAAAGUAAUUAUUCACUACUUAUAUAGGCAUCCAAAUUUAAAAGAAUACAUAAAAAUACGAAUGUAACGUGUCCAUAUUAAAAUAUUACAGCAAUUUCAUACUGAAUAAGUGGUCUUUAAUUUCGAUAAAAAUAUGUAUCAAACUUGUAAUAAUGAUGAGGAUGAAUUUGAACCAAGAACUACUCCGAAACCUGCUUCUAAGUUUGAUUGCUAUACACUACCAUCGGUUCCUGAAGUUUCUUUAAUAUUUGAUAAACCAUUAAGUUGCAAAACUGUGGAUUAUAAUAGUUCUGGUUCACCGUAUGUAGAACCUAAAACUUUAAAAUAUAAAAAUAAUGUCUCAUCUCCUUUGAAUGUGAAUGGAUCUUACGCAGCAUGGAAAGAACAAAAUUAUUCACAAAAACCACCAACUUCUAAAAUAAAUGAUGGGGUAACUCCUUCAAAAAUACAAUAUUGUCAAAGUUAUGCGACAGAACCUUAUACCUCAGAAAAUGUAUUACAAAAAUCAAAUGAAAGGAUCGGUACUUUAAGGAACGAGUUUUAUAAUAGUCCAAGAUCUACAGAGAAACAAAUAUAUAGAAAAAGUCCUGAAAAUCUGCAUAAACAUAAUUAUGAAGUAUAUGAGGAUAAUUCGGCGCAAGUUGAAAAGAAACAUAAUAUUAAAACUCAAUGUACUAAUACAAUAAAACACAUGAAGUCUGUAUCAAAUGUACCGCAUGUUGUUAGGGCAUAUGUAAAUAAUUGCGAUACAAAUGAAAAAGAAUAUUCUCCAUUGCUAUAUGAAAAAAGAUCAGUUAAUUUUGAGCAUCACAAUAGUCCAUUCAUUGAUUCAAGCAAUGAAGCAACUGUACAAAAUUUUCCCAUUAAUUCGAAUAGUUUAAAAAGAACUGAAUUUCCGUUACCACAAUAUCUAGGCCAACAAUAUCCUUAUUUUAAUACAAAUACAUAUUCAUUUCCGCAGCAUCAUCCUUGCCCCCCUCAUAGUAAUGAGAGUCAAGAAACAGUUAAAAAUUUAUUGCAAAUCAUAAAUAGCCAGAAUGAACAAAUAAAAUCCUUACAAACGCAAGUAGAUAGAUUACUAAAAAUACAGGAAGAAAGUUUAAGAGAAAAGAAAACUUGUUCUUGUUCAUUUCAAAUACAACAAAAUGGUCAAUCGAUUAAAAAUAACGAUAAUACACUAGAUUCCACUAGUUGUAUUAGAGUUCCACAAAACUCAAGACAACAUCCAUAUCAGUAUGAGUCAUCUAAAAAUAAAGAAAUAAGUAGAUGUAACGAUAAUGAAAAUGUAAAUCAAACUGAAUUGAUAUUAAAAGAAACACAAUCAAGACAAGCUUUUAUGGAACAAAAAGUUUCUAUUGGUGUAAUGACAAGUUUUGAAUUUACUGUUCAGAAUAGUCCUUUCCCUGUAGAUAUUGAGGACUAUGAAAGAAACGAGAAACAACAAGAAAAAAGUAAUUUAAAAUUAUGUAAUAACGUUGGUGUACAUGACACUGGUGUUGCACACGAACCGUUAAGAAGAUAUAAAAAUUCUUUUAAUAGAAUACCUAGUGGACAAUUAGAAAAUAUAGUUGAAGAUUCUGAGAGUUAUAUGUCAUCUAGUCAACAACAAAGUAGUAAUUUAAAUGCAAGUAUUUCUCUAAAAGAUUUGGAUAAACAGGCUUAUAUGGAUGUUCGGAGAGAAAUAGAUGUUCGUAGAUCAGAAUCCCCUAAAUUUUGUAAAGCUGCAGCUACAAAAAUAAAUCAGAUAGAAAAUACACAGAAACGUUUGGAAAGAAAUGACGAGGAAGAAACAAAAAAUUAUGAAAUUUCAAAAACACCAACAUUACAAAGGAAUAUUUUAGAAUACAAUACUUUAGAAAAUAAAAAUCAUAGAACGAAUGUUCCUCCUAGUACAGGACAACAUACUAAGGUACAAAUGCAGAAUGAUAACGAUUGUAUACGAACAAACAAUUCUAUAAACAGAUCAUCUAGUUAUAAUAAGAAUUAUCAAAAAGAAGGACAGGUUCUUCCCAAGCAUGGCAGUUGCAUCGAAGAUAGUCUGAUCUUAAAUGGUGGUGAUUUGAAAAUAAACGAAAGGCCGCCUACUCCAGAACCUAGUAUUCAUGUUGAAAUGCAAGAGUAUUCCAGCGACGAUGAUAGCGAAAAGAUUAAACGUAGUUCUAAAGUAGGCUGGACUUUCUACAAUAAUGUUCUUGGACAAGUAAAUCAAUUGUUACAGAAUUCCUCUGUAAUAGACGAUCAGCAACAAGAUCCAAGAAAAGUAAACCAAAAUGAACGAGAUGAGACUGAGAAUAGGGCAUUAGAUAAUGUAAAAGUUGCUACAUUAGAACAACUUAAAAAACUUGGAAUUAGUUUAAGCGAAAACCCAGAACAUAAGGAAUCAAACAACAGUAAUAAGAUGGCAUUUGAUUCAUCGUUCUAUCCACGUUGCGAUUACCAAGCAAAUAUGACACAAGCCACAAGUGCUGUAAAUGAAACAAAUACAAGUAUGCAUAUGAAGGCAUUGGCUUUGAAAUAUUUAACUGAUGAACAACUUUCUGAAUUAGCCAUACAAAGACAAGGUUCUGCAUCUGUAAAACAUCUUAUGCUUAGUAACGUACAAGGUACAAACAUGUCCUUUGCUACAAUGCGUUAUCUAGAAAGAUAUCAGCUACUUCCGGGAAAGAAUAAUGUUCAGACAGAAGAUAUUAAUAAAACACAGAUGGAAGUACCUCCAAAAGUAGAUCUGAGAUUAGCAAAUACAAAAAAUAGUCCUGCAUUAAAACGUUUUCCUUUCACUCAGACACCGAGAACGACUUGUCCUAGUAAGAUUUUGGAUAUUUCAACUUUAAAGCAACAGCCUAAACUCUUAUAAAAAUUGAUAAUAUUGAUAUAUUAAAUUAAAAUUUUUUAAAUUUUGUAAUAUUUCAACUCUUAAGCCAUCUUUUUCUAUUUUAUAUUAUUUUAUGUUUAUCAUGCACAAUAUAUUCAUCAAUCACUACUGUAAUCGACCAAAGGUAG